AUGAGCAUUGAGACAUCAUCCAACAAUAUCAAGAAUUAUCUGUCAAGAAAUGAGACGUCUGCACAAGAUAAAUUAGAGUUCAAGAAAUGCGCUUUCAACUUAUGCUCUCAAUUUCUUGCUGGCCCAUGGAAAAAUAGGCCCAUUGAAGAUUUUGAAAUCAAUGAGAUAAAGGGCGGCAUGAGCAAUAUUCUUUUUCUUUGCGAAUUAAAACUCAAUAGAAACCAAUACUGUCAAGGAUGUCCGAACAGGGUUCUUAUGCGCGUUUACUUCAAUCCUCAAUCUGAAGAGCAUUUGGUCUCAGAGUCCGUUAUAUUCACUUUGCUGUCAGAACGACGUCUCGGGCCAAAGUUAUACGGAAUAUUCAAUGGAGGACGACUUGAAGAAUUCAUUCCAUCACGACCAUUGUCUUGUGAAGAACUUUCCAUCUCAUCAAUUUCAAUGAAAAUAGCCAAAAGAGUUGCUGCCAUUCAUAAACUAGAUGUACCAAUUCCCAAAGAACCUCAUUAUAUCAUGGAUGUACUACGAAGAUGGCUAAUGCAACUUAAAUCUCAGGGGAAAAAGAGCUAUACAUUGCAAAAUCAAUAUAAAGAGUCGACUCCCACACUUUUAACUAUGGAUACAUUAGAAGCUGAAUUGCAAACGUUGGAAAAAUGUCUCGCUAAAAGCAAAAGCUUAGUGACGUUCUGUCACAACGAUUUACAAGAAGGAAAUAUUCUCUUACUCAAACAAAGGCUCAGCAACAUACGUGUUGCAUCCAAAGAUGAUGAAAAUUUUGAAGAUAAAGAAGUUGAUGAGAUUACAGAAGGAUUCAUGAAUCCACGUCUAGUCAUCAUAGAUUUUGAAUACGCUAGUUACAAUUACAGAGGUUUUGAUUUUGCCAAUCAUUUCAUUGAGUAUACUAUGGAUUAUGAUGUGAAAAAGGCUCCAUAUUUUUGUAUUAAGAGUAAACAAUUUCCGUCGGAUACGCAUAUGAUUGAAUUCUUCAAAGCCUAUCUAAAGGAAAUGAAUGUUCCUUUGGCAAAAAGUAUGACGGAAGCUACCAUUUUGCUCGACGAGACUCUUCCAUUUAUUCCCGUUUCUCAUCUAUUCUGGGGCAUCUGGGGAUUGUUGCAAGUGGAACUCUCACCAAUAAAUUUUGGUUUUCUGGAAUAUGGAUUGGAACGUUUAGCUUUGUACUUCUUACACAAAGACAAAUUACUGAAGCUUCUUGAUGAAGAAUUAGAAUGA